ACUCCUUUCUCCGGAAAAACGCCGAGGCGCUCUCUCCGCCAGGAGUGGCCUUGGCAGGGUGCUGGCACUCUUGGUCUGCCCGGUCUGGUCUCUGGGGCCAGGGCUGGGUUUCCCUCAUGUAUGGCAAGAGCCCUACGCGUGCUGUGCUUUUUCUCCUUGGCUUACAGCUCACAGCUCUUUGGCCAAUAGCAGCUGUGGAAAUUUACACUCCCCGCGUGCUGGAGGCUGUCAAUGGGACAGAUGUUCGGUUAAAAUGCACUUUCUCCAGCUUUGCCCCAGUGGGUGAUGCUCUCACAGUGACCUGGAAUUUCCGUCCUCGAGAUGGGGGCCCUGAGCAGUUUGUUUUCUACUACCAUGUGGAUCCCUUCAAGCCCAUGAGUGGGCGCUUCAAGGACCGAGUGGCCUGGGAUGGGAACCCCGAGCGGUAUGACGUCUCCAUCCUCCUCUGGAAGCUGCAGUUUGAUGACAACGGGACAUACACCUGUCAGGUGAAGAACCCGCCUGACGUUGAUGGCCUGGUCGGGGAGAUCCAGCUCAGUGUCGUGCAGACUGUACGCUUCUCUGAGAUCCACUUCCUGGCUCUGGCCAUUGGCUCCGCUUGUGCACUGAUGGUCAUAAUAGUAAUUGUGGUGGUCCUCUUCCAGCAUUUCCGGAAAAAGCGACGGGCUGAAAGAGCGCAUAGAGUGGUGGAGAUAAAACCAAAAGAAGAAGAAAAGCUCAACCAGGAAAAAAAGGCUUCUGUUUCUUUAGAAUACACAGACUAACAUUCUUACAUGGAAGCUGAAGAUUUACCAGAACAAGAACCCUAAGAUAAGCUGGAGUUAAUGGAAGCUUUUCUUUGGCUUUUUCAGUUGUGACCUGCCUUCCAACCAGCGCUGCAGUAUAUAACCACCUAGACCAGCAACGUUCCUCUGGAGCCAGCAUAGGGCCCUUCUUGAGCAAAUACCACCAGACUCACAAACAGCUCUGUUACUAAGGUUUUAUUUAAUUUCAGAGUGCAAAUAUUUUUCAAAUGCUCACUAGGUUUUAUAUACUAAGAAGCUAUAUUUUUGCCCUUAAACACUCCUUGUGGAUUAUGAUUUAUAUUCACAUAUACUGGCCUCAAAUGAGAUAAAAACCAAACUGUCUGUUAUGUUUACUUUGAUAUAUUAAUUUCUUUAGAGCAGCGUUUUAGCUACUAAAGUUAACGUUUAUUCUUUCCUUCUCACAUGCUCGAUUAAAAGGUGAGCUAAUUCUUUCAA